AUGAACGGAAAUCUGUGUCUAAAGACAACAACGGACGGCCAACGAGUGACAGUGGAAAUCCCCGAUGGAUUGCCGGGCCUAAUGAUGGACGUUGCACGAGAGGUGAUACGUCAUGCUCCCGAAGAUGAGUAUAUGGCGUACUCGAUUGUAGCGGAUUACUUGGAAAAAAUUAUCAAUGAGAAGAACGAAAAAGUCAUCUCGAGCAUAGACAAUGAAUGGACUCCUGAAAUAAUUACUCAAAACGUGAUAGAAACAGUUGAAGAAUACGGCGUUACACCCAAAUCGGCUAACGAAGCUGCGAUUUUAAUACAAAGGGCUUGGAGGAAAUACAAUAAAUCGGUUUCGAAUAUACAACCCAAUUCCUUGGAAACAGGAGACCACGUCUUCUCCAAAGAAAUUCAGAUAGACACUUACGAAGAAAUUAACUACGAAAACGAUUCCGACGACAUGGAACGUGUGAACGUUGUGAGAAAAGGCCAGAGAGACUAUGUGCCACCGAUUCCAGAUUACAUCGACGAUGUAUACUUAUUGACAGACGAAGAAAAUGUAAACGGUCAGCCAAAAGAAUCUUCGUAUGAAGACGAAUAUGAAGACAACGGUUUUUUUGUUUAA